CACAUUUUAUUUUGUACCGGAAGUUAUUUGCUGUAUUCUAGAUGGCACUCGGGGCGACUAUAUAAAGCUAGGUUAGUCUUCUCUGUGGAACCCAUUAUCGCCGUCAUCUAACCGGGCUACCAGCAUUGUAUUGUCUCCUAGAGACGCAAACAGUUGAGUACAUUUGGGGUAGCCUGCCCACCCCCAGCUCUCACCAUGGGGGACGAUAGCGAGUGGAUGAAGCUUCCCAUUGACCAGAAAUGUGAACACAAGGUGUGGAAAGCCCGUCUUAAUGGCUAUGAGGAAGCUCUGAAGUUAUUUCAGAGGAUAGAAGAUGAGAAGAGUCCAGAGUGGGGGAAGUACCUGGGACUCAUCAAGAAGUUUGUUACUGAAUCUAAUGCUGUUGCUCAACUUAAAGGCCUGGAGGCAGCCCUGGCCUACAUUGAGAAUGCUCAUGUAGCUGGCAAAACUACAGCUGAGGUGGUGUCGGGCGUGGUGACCAGAGUAUUCAACCAGCCAAAAGCCCGGGCAAAGGAGCUUGGCACAGACAUCUGCCUGAUGUACAUUGAAAUAGAGAAGGCUGAGGUGGUACAAGAUGAGCUGCUGAAAGGAUUGGACAACAAAAAUCCCAAGAUAGUGGUGGCCUGCAUCGAGACACUCAGGAAGGCCCUGAGUGAGUUUGGCUCAAAGAUAGUGACAUUAAAGCCAGUAGUGAAGAUUUUAGCCAAGCAGUUCGAGUCCAGAGAGAAGGCAGUGAGAGAUGAAGCCAAGCAGCUCGCUGUCGAGAUCUACAAAUGGAUUAGAGAUGCUCUGAGACCCUCACUGCAGAACAUUAACUCUGUACAGCUGAAGGAGCUAGAGGAGGAGUGGGUGAAGCUGCCUUUGUCUCCUCCUAAGCAAACCAGGUUCUUGCGCUCCCAGCAGGACCUGAAGGCCAAAUUUGAACAACAACAAGCACAUGGGGGUGACAACUCUGAGGGAGAGGAUGAGGUGGAAGUGGCUGCAGCAGUGGAUCCCUAUGAACUACUAGAACCUGUGGAGAUUUUGUCAAAGAUGCCCAAAGACUUCUUUGAGAAAAUAGAAGCUAAGAAGUGGCAGGAAAGGAAAGAAGCCCUAGAAGCUGUGGAGGCUCUGACCAAGAACCCUAAACUAGAGAAUGGAGACUAUGGAGACCUUGUCAGGGCACUGAAAAAGGUGGUGGGAAAGGAUGCCAAUGUGAUGUUGGUGUCAAUGGCAGCUAAAUGCCUGGCUGGACUGGCCUCUGGUCUCAGGAAGAAAUUUGGCACAUAUGCAGGACAGGUAGUUCCAACUAUUCUGGAGAAGUUCAAGGAGAAGAAACCUCAGGUAGUCCAGUCGCUGCAGGAGGCUAUUGAUGCCAUUUUUCUCACUACCACUCUCCAGAACCUUUCAGAGGACAUACUGGGUGUAAUGGACAAUAAGAACCCGUCUAUUAAGCAGCAGGCCUCUCUGUUUCUGGCUCGCUCUAUCAGACACUGCACACAGGCCACUCUACCCAAGAGCAUCCUCAAACCCCUCUGUGCUGCUCUUAUUAAGCAAGUGAAUGAUUCUGCUCCUGAAGUGCGUGAUGCUGCUUUUGAAGCUCUGGGAACAGCCAUGAAAGUGGUGGGAGAGAAAGCUGUAAACCCGUUCCUGGCAGAUUUGGAUAAACUCAAACUGGAUAAGAUAAAAGAGUGUGCUGAUAAAGUGGAGCUCCCUGGAGGGAGAAAGGGAGGAGGUGCGGCGGAUAAGAGGCCUGCAACCAAAGCACCUCCAACAGUUGAAGCUCCACCUAAAUCAUCUGCUCCACCCAAGAAGACCCAAACCACUUCUGCCAGCAAGCCAUCAUCUGGCCCUGCCAAAAAAGGCAAACAAACAUCUGCAGCUGGUGGGAAAACCAAGAAGACAUCCGACACUAAAGAAGUCACAGAGAGCGAACUGUCUCCUGAGCUGUGUGAGGAGCUGGCAGCCAGUGUACUUCCUGCCUCCUGUCUGCAGCAGCUGGACUCAGCCAACUGGAAGGAGAGACUGGCUAGUAUGGAGGAGUUCCAGAAGGCCGUUGAGACCAUGGACAAGGCAGAGAUGCCCUGUCAGGCCUUAGUAAGGAUGCUGGCCAAGAAACCAGGCUGGAAAGAGACUAACUUCCAGGUGAUGCAGAUGAAGCUGCACAUUGUGGCUCUUAUUGCUCAGAGAGGACAGUUCUCCAAGACAUCAGCCUUUAUGGUUUUAGAUGGUUUGGUGGACAAGAUCGGUGACAUUAAAUGUGGCGUGAAUGCCAAAGAAGGCCUGACUGCUAUUGGAGAGGCCUGCUCACUGCCAUGGACUGCAGAACAGGUUGUCUCUAUGGCAUUUGCACAGAAGAAUCCCAAGAACCAGGCAGAGACUCUCAACUGGCUGGCUAACGCCAUGAAGGAGUUUGGCUUUGCUGGCAUAAAUGUGAAGGCUUUCAUCAACAAUGUGAAGACUGCUCUGGCAGCCACUAACCCUGCAGUGCGAACAGCAGCAAUCACCCUGCUGGGAGUUAUGUACCUUUAUAUGGGAGCUCCACUACGCAUGUUCUUUGAAGAUGAGAAGCCAGCUCUCCUUUCACAGAUAGAUGCUGAGUUUGAAAAGAUGCAGGGUCAGUCUCCACCAGCCCCAUUCAGGUCUGUGAAGAAGGCAGCAGCUGAAGAGGAGGGUGAUGAUGGAGAGGAGCAGGAGGAGGAUGGAGGAGGACAGGCCAUUAUGGACCUACUUCCCAGAACAGAUAUCGGUGACAAGAUCACUUCUGAUCUUGUGUCCAAAAUUGGGGAUAAGAACUGGAAAAUCCGAAAGGAGGGUCUAGACGAGACUGCAGCCAUAAUCUCUGAGGCCAAAUUCAUUACAGCCAACCUUGGGGAGCUGCCCCUGGCUCUUAAAGGACGACUGAGUGAUUCCAAUAAGAUCCUGGUCCAACAGACCUUAACAAUCCUGCAGCAGCUGGCUACAGCCAUGGGGCCUGGUCUCAAGCAGCAUGUCAAAGCACUGGGAAUCCCUGUUAUCACUGUACUAGGAGACAGCAAGCCUAAUGUCAGGGCGACUGCCAUGACAACUUUGCAGGCCUGGGUGGAGCAGACUGGGAUGAAGGAAUGGCUGGAGGGAGAGGAUUUGUCAGAGGAGCUGAAGAGAGAGAAUCCCUUCCUUCGACAGGAGAUGCUGGGCUGGUUAGCAGAGAAGCUGCCCACUAUGAGGACUGUGCCAGGGGAUUUGAUGCUGUGUGUCCCCCAGCUCUAUGCCUGCCUGGAGGACAGGAAUGGAGACGUGCGCAAGAAAGCUCAAGAUGCCCUGCCCACAUUCAUGAUGCACCUGGGCUAUGACAAGAUGACUAAAGCUACAGGGAAACUCAAACCUGCAUCCAAGGACCAGGUAGUAGCCAUGUUGGAGAAAGCCAGAGCAGUGAUGCCAGCUAAACCAGCUGCUCCUGCCAAAGCUGGAGGCAGUAAAGCAAUCUCAGAACCAAGCAGAUCUGCUUCAGCCUCCAGGUCUCAGCCAGUUAGUGAUGACGUAGACAGUAAACCGGAAGCCAAGAAGGUUCGAGGAGGAGUUGCUGCUAAGAAACCACCCUUCCCUCCCGAGGAACCCACCCCUCCCCCUUCCUCCAAGGACACGGACAGUAAUACUAGUAAAAAGACCCCCAGCAAAGGGAAGGCUGCUGCUGGCAGCCAACAGGGUGCAGCUGCCAAGAAGCCAUCAUCCAAAGGCAUGAAGGAAGAUGAAGAUAAGUCUGGACCAAUCUUUAUUCUCAUUCCUAACGCUAAGGAGCAGAGAAUCAAAGAGGAAAAACAACUCAAGAUUUUGAAGUGGAACUUUAUUACUCCUCGAGAUGAAUAUUUGGAGCAGCUGAAGACGCAGAUGUCCACCUGCUUUGCUAAGUGGUUGCAAGAUGAGCUCUUUCACUUUGACUUCCAGAGACACGUCAAAGCCAUAGGAGUUAUGAUUGAGAGGCUGGAGAGUGAGCGUGAUGCCACAAUCAGCUGUCUGGACCUUAUUCUGAAAUGGUUCACCCUCCGCUUCUUCGACACCAACACCACUGUGCUGAUGAAGGUGCUGGAGUAUCUAAAGCUGCUUUUUGCCAUGCUGAACAGAGAGAACUACCACUUGACUGAGUAUGAGGCCAAUUCCUUCGUCCCUUACCUCAUACUCAAGGUCGGAGAGUCAAAAGAUGUGGUACGCAAAGAUGUACGGGCCAUACUUGCCAUGCUGUGUAAAGUUUAUCCAGCAUCUAAGGUCUUCCCUUUCCUCAUGGAUGGAACGAAGUCCAAAAACUCCAAACAAAGAGCUGAAUGCCUGGAGGAGUUGGGCUGUUUAAUAGAGGGCUAUGGAAUGAAUGUAUGCCAGCCAACGCCGGCUAAGUCUCUGAAGGAGAUCGCAGUUCACAUCGGCGACAGAGACACAUCGGUUCGCAAUGCUGCCCUCAACACAGUAGUGGCCGUCUACAAUGUCUGUGGUGAACAAGUCUACAAACUCAUAGGAAAUCUGUCAGAAAAGGACAUGAGCAUGUUGGAGGAGAGAAUCAAGCGUUCAGCCAAGAAGACCCCUGCAGCCCCGGCCAAGCAGAGUGCACCAGAGAGGUCUCAGAAAGAGCACCCAGCGAAUCCCAAUGCCACCUUCCUCCGCAAGACUCCUCAGGAGGACCCCAACAAGCUCAAAAUAAUGUAUCGCACGUAUAGGAUCCAAGCCCGCCAGAACAGCCAGCACAGCGAGUCCUCCCACCCCUCCAUCCCCAAGGAGUACCAGUUAGACCUGGACAUGAUUGAGAUGGACCACAGCCAAGUGUGUGAGCUACCAGACCUCGUCCAACACAAACUGGAUGAACUCUUGGAGCCCAUCAUGAUCCCAGAACCCAAGAUAUGCUCUGUGUCUCCGCACUUUGAUGACCUCCACAACAGCACAGCCUCCACCAUCAACUUUGUGAUCUCUCAGGUGGCUAGUAGUGACAUGAACACCAGUAUCCAGGCACUGGCACAGAUUGACGAGGUGCUACGCCAGGAGGACAAAGCAGACGUGAUGUCUGGGCACAUCGAUCAGUUCCUUAUUGCUACCUUCAUGCAGCUGAGGCUUAUCUACAGCACGCACCUGGCUGAUGACCGGCUGGACAAGAAGGACAUCAUCAAACUGUACAGCUGCAUCAUAGGGAACAUGCUGUCUUUGUUCUCUAUGGAGUCCCUGGCCAGAGAGGCAUCAAUGGGUGUGCUGAAGGACCUGAUGCACGGUCUGAUUACACUGAUUCUGGAUGUCAGAGUGGAAGACAUAGAAGAUGGACAGCAGCUGAUCAGAUCAGUCAAUCUGCUGGUGACCAGAGUCCUGGAGAAGUCUGAUGAGACAAACAUGAUUAGUGCUCUGCUGGUGUUGCUUCAGGACAGUUUAGUCACAACAGCUGGUCCUCCUAUGUUUGCUGAACUGGUCAUGAAGUGUCUGUGGAGGAUGACCCGCUCCCUCCCAGAGACUAUCAACAGCAUCAACCUUGAUCGGAUCUUACUAGACAUCCACAACUUCAUGAAGGUGUUCCCUAAGGAGAAACUGAAGCAGCUCAAGAGCGAUGUCCCACACAGAACCCUCAAGACUCUGUUACACACUCUCUGCAGGCUCACAGGCUCCAAGAUCCUGGACCACUUAUCCAUGAUAGAGAACCGCAAUGAGUCGGAGCUGGAGGCACAUCUGAGACGUGUGAUCAAACACUCGGGAAAUUUGUCAGGACUCAAGAGUGACCGAGGCAAUGAGAAGGGUGGUCUGCGUACGGAUGAGCGAAUGUCAAAGGCAAAGGUCAGUGACAUCCUGUCUGAAAUCUUCAAGAAGAUUGGUUCCAAGGAGAACACAAAAGAGGGUUUGACAGAGUUGUACGAGUACAAACAGAAGUACUCUGACGCAGACCUCGAGCCAUUCUUAAAGAACACGUCCCAGUUCUUCCAGAGCUACGUGGAACGAGGCCUGCGCAUGAUCGAAUCUGAGCGGGAAGGCAAAGGUCGAAUCCAAACCUCAGCAGUGAUCCCUCAGCAUGGAGUGGAGUCCACUCUGAGCAGCAAUGAGGAGCUGAAACCCGCGGUUUACUAUGAGAGACUCAAGAUCCUAAGACAGCGACAAGGCCUGGAAAACACCUCCAGGGGCGGUGGCGGAGGCGAGGACGAGCCCCAGCAGAGGCCUCCCAUCUCAUCCCUGCUGACUUCGAAACCGUCCGUGGCGUCCUCCACCGAUAUGCUCCACAGCAAGCUGUCCCAGCUCAAAGAGUCCAGGGAGCUGUACCAGCAGGAGCACAACGCGCACUCGCACUCCACAACACACACGCACACCCGCUCUGCCUCACCGGCGGCUAACCUGGACGACCUGAAGAAGCGUCUGGAGAGAAUAAAGAGCAACCGGCAGUGAGCACGGCGUCCCUGCCUCAUGUCAUCUGCAGAGCCCACAUCUCCCAGUGUUCACCUCUUUUACACUCACUUUAUCUUCUUAGAUGCUAGGUGGAAAUAAAAAGCACUAACUUCGCCCAAUCAGGUCGUAGCAACAGACACACACUCAGAUUACCUUACUCCACCCACUGUGCCUGUACUAUGAAGGAAAUCUGCCCUUGUUUAGGUAACUGUCAGAUUGAAAUAAUCUGAAUCCAAACGCGCACUGCGAGAGCCGUCCCAGCGUGUUUCACCAAGUACUCGUACAGAUGGACAGAUGCUUUUCUUUGUCAAGUUUCUUUUCAGUGUCAGGGAGAGUCAUGUGUACAGCUCCUAGUCCUGUAGUUGCCCCCUCCUCCACUCUCCUGUCAACUACUCGCUGUAUUAUGACGCCAUCACCAACUCGUGCUAGAAUCACUAAACUAUAUGCUUGUGGGUGUUGUGACGUCUGUUUGGUUGCAGGGUGCCUCGUCCUAAUGUGUUCGGAUAGAUCCAUGUCUGUGUGGCUGUGUAAAUGCAGUGACUGCCCCCUUGUGGCUGGUCGGUCACGAUUGCUCAUGUGUAGGUGAUAAGAUAAUGAUUUGGAAGAUUUGCAGAAACUUGGCGUUUACUGUGUAUCUGUAGAAUUCUAAACAGGCUUUAAAGGUGCAGCGCUUACAGUGAAGUGUCUGAUUUUCUGCCAAUCUCAGACACUUUCCUUGAGUCUGCAGUGAACAUCCAGCAUCCAUCCCUGUCAUCCCCUCUACAAGCCUCCACUCUGCAGUUGUUUGACAGCUACUUGGGUUUGUUUUCAUUCCCUACUACACAUUUGCCAGAGGUUUUGUAUCUUUUCUGAAGUGGACCUGUCUGCUUCCCUCCUUGCUAUUAAAAGCAGAAGACAUCUGGGGUGGGGCCCAUGUUAAGCUCCUGCUUCUGUUUUGGACACAGUUUAGCACGUCUCAGCUGGUGAGCUGGCUGUCCUGGUGGUGACCUCCGCUGCCUCUGUAAGCAGCCAAACCAAGCAGGACUGUACAUACUGUAUGUAACGCCCCUCCAGUUAUUCCCCAGGAGCCGAGGCGCCGGCUGCAGCUCAGUCAGCGUAAAGCAUUGACCAAACUGGAUGUAUCUGGGUCAGUGUUUGUGUGUAGGCUUAAGGAGCAUGGCAUGAAGUCAGUAAUUGUUUUAAAUUUCUCAUGUAAAUAAAGUUUGCGUUUAAAAACCUGCUAUUAAUUCACUCAUUUUCUGUCAGAUGACGACAGCAGAGUCUUCCGUCAUCUGAUCUGUAGCCGAAUGUUGAAUAACAAACAAAUAACAUUGUUUUUGUAAUUAAUUCACGUGUGUACUAGUCUUUCACUGUUACUCUUCAGCUUUCCUUGUAUAACCCAUAGUGUAACAUGGCAAUAAAGUCAUUUUUUUAACUAUUCACAA